AGGGAGUGUUAUAAUAUUGUUACCAAACCUUUUACUUGAUAAGACUCCCAUCUCGGAAACAAGCGCUAAAUGGUUGUGCUCCAUCCGGCUGCACAAGACUCCGAUUCACAAAAUCCUACCAGAUGGAGUCAAUCAAAAAGUUUUUCUCGUCAUGUACGAAAUCAAUUGAAAAGUCAAAGUCCAAAGGACGCCCUCAGAUCAGUCAACCCGUAGAGGGAAGUUUCAAGCGUCUAACACCAGAUAUUGGCCUAGCAACAGAAUGCGAUAACCCAACCCAAAUAUCAUCUUCUCCCCGUCGAGAUAGCAGUCAUCAUCCAAAUGGAAGCCCAACUAUCCCUUUUACUCCAAAGGGGCGUGGCAGAGAAGAAACAAUUGAGUGGUUGACAACAGGUACGUGCGACUCUCUCACUUCGCUGCUAAAUGAACGAGACAAAGCCUCAAGACAGGUCAAGCUAGGGCCAAAUACCAAAGGCAUGAAAGAAGUCCAGCAAAUUCUGAAAGAACCAAGCUGCCAUACCAUGAAGCAACUUCACAAUUUGAAACAAGAAACAGAGGUAACUCUUCGAUACGGCGCUCCAGGCGCCAUGAUGUUUAACUUUAGCAAAACUCUGGGCUGGAACCAGGCUUCCCAACCGCUUUCGCUACAAUUGAGAAGUUUUGGGACUACGAAGGAAGAACCCAAACUUGUAUCUGCCAGCAUACCACCUUUGCCAUUCUCACCUAUAAGCUGGUUUGUGCUACCCCAGCAACCAGCACCAGUACAAAUACCCUCAAUGCAUGAAGACAGAGGUGAGCAGCAGCAGCCACGACCACCAUCUCCAAUUUCCGAACCAGGAGGCUGGCGGGACGAUACUGAUCAAAUAGACAUCGCCGACAUGCGGCUUGAUCCAUUCCUCGGGAUGGCAGUAAGUGCAACAAAUGGGGCCAUUACCGAUGACGAUGACGAUGAAGAUGAAGAUGAAGAUGAAGAUCUUGAAGGCGAGUUUUCGCGACAUGGGAAUGAUGUAGUUUCGACUGAGGCGGUUGCUGUCAAGAUAACCCCGGUCUCUACCGGCCAGGUUCACCAGGUCCGCAUACGGAAAAUUAAGUAGACAUUAAAGAAGAUAAGUACUACCCUUGUAAAGGCUUCGCUGCUUCGCUACCAAUAAUAACUAUAUAUACUUGAUGCUGUAAUGAGAGGUCGGUGUUAAUAUAAGAAUUAAAAAUGGCAUAAUUGUUGAAGUGUUGGUAUGGAAGCCUCCAGGACUGGAGGUUCUCGCAUCCGAAACUGGAAUCCCCCAUACCACGUUUGCCCCACAGGGCGGAAACC